CUUAUUGAUCCCGCAUCUUCUACUCCGUCUGCGCACAUUCAUCAUCCUCAAUCAAGCUCCCAUUAUCUAUUCACUUUGCUACCGCAGACUCGAGCAAACAUGUCGCAAACGAAAGGCCUCGCACCAACCCCUACCGAGGGCGACCUCGACAAGUCCUCGUCCUCAUCCUCGGGCCCUGUCAAUGCUAUCCCUUCGCGCGAUGCGACUUCUGCCACCUCGGCCGCGCAACAGAGCGACAACAUCGCCCAUGCAUUGGCUGGAGCAGGCGGUGGUCUCCUUGCCAUGACCCUCACCUACCCUCUGAUCACCCUGUCAACCCGCGCACAAGUCGAAUCCAAGCGAGCCGAUACCUCCACACUUGCAGCAGUCAAACACAUCAUCAACCGGGAAGGAUUUGGUGGGCUUUAUGCCGGCCUCGAUAGCGCUUUGUUCGGUAUCUCGGUCACGAACUUUGUCUACUACUAUUGGUACGAAUGGACGAGGGCGUUCUUCGAAAAAGCGGCCGUGACAAGUGGACGUGCCAGCAAAAAGCUCACAACUGUCGAGAGUAUGAUUGCAGGUGCCAUCGCUGGCUCGGCCACCGUGCUACUCACCAACCCCAUCUGGGUCGUCAAUACAAGGAUGACAGCCCGAAAAAGUGAAGACACCGAAGGCGAGCUGCCUGGUGGUGAGAAGAAACGUGCGAAAGCCCCCAGCACAAUCGGUACCCUGAUGAAAUUGAUCAAGGAAGAGGGACCCAGCGCUCUCUUUGCUGGUGUACUCCCAGCUUUGGUGUUGGUCAUCAACCCCAUCUUACAAUAUACCAUUUACGAACAAUUGAAGAACUCGCUGGAGAAGAGGAGGAAGGUUGGACCGAGAGAUGCUUUCUAUCUCGGUGCCCUUGGCAAGCUGCUGGCGACGACCAUCACCUACCCUUAUAUCACUGUCAAGUCGAGGGCACACGUCGCUACCAAGGAUCAACCACAUGAGGGCAUGUGGAAGAGUUUGAACAAGAUUGUCAAGGAAGAGGGAUGGGGUGGACUCUACAAGGGGAUUACUCCGAAAGUCAGCCAGAGUGUGUUGACAGCUGCUUUUCUCUUUGCUUUCAAGGAUGUCUUGUACGACAUGACCGUGGCAGCGCGGAGAAAGGCUCGGGCUGUCAAGGCAUAGAUGCCUUACAUCUGUGGAGAGCCAUACCCGCUAUCCCCGACGAACCACGCGUUUACUUGAAAUCUUGGUCCUUGAUUCAUCCUCUGUGAAGCUCCAGACCGCGGACACAAAGAGGCAUCCUGCAAGAUAUCACAAGGUGGGAAGCAAGGUGAUGGUGUGGGCGAAAAUCAAUAUAAUAGGGUAUCAGAUGCGCGAUCAUGAUGAUAUGGCGGUGAGUAUAAGAGGACCUUUGUUUCUCCUCGAAAAUUUUUAGUUCAUAUUUGACAUACUUCUUUAUCAAUCCCCCAGCACCACGUAUUGCCUUGAAGGCUGCUACUGCUUUGUGUAGAUGAAUCUGUUACCUUCGUUUCAGGUGUAAGAUAUAGCAAGAGCUUCGAGAUGAAGAACAUGCAGCAGCGGAGGGAUACGAGCCUUUGCGAGGUUUCAUCGCUCGAAGAACACGCAAAGAUAUUGACGUUGGAUAGAAAACAUAGUGAUUCAAGCAUUAUGGUUUGUUUCAGUUAUCUCACUUAUCGCAAGCUCUCAUCCAGGAUUCGCAAUCAGAUCCCAUUGAACACCCG